AUGGGUUUGACCAAUAGUAGCGUCAAAGAAGACUUCAUCCUGGUGGGGUUCUCGGAUCAGCCUGAUCUUGAAAAGAUACUUUUUGUGGGUGUUUUGGUCUCCUAUAUCCUCACUCUCAUAGGAAAUGCAGUUAUUAUUCUGAUCUCCUCUAUCGACCCCAAGCUCCAAACACCCAUGUAUUUUUUCCUCACUCAUCUUUCCCUAGUUGAUAUCUGCUUUACCACCAGUAUUGUUCCCCAACUGCUGUGGAAUCUCAGAGGACCAGCCAAAACCAUCACAGUGCUGGGGUGUGCAGUCCAGCUCUAUGUAUCGCUAGCAUUAGGAUCCACUGAGUGUGUUCUUCUGGCAGUAAUGGCUUUUGAUAGAUAUGCUGCCGUUUGCAAACCUCUCCACUAUGCAACUGUGAUGAACCCUCAAUUGUGCCUGGCUCUGGCAGGGGUUGCAUGGCUGAGCGGAAUAGGAAACACUCUCAUCCAAAGCACUAUCACCCUCCUGUUGCCCCGCUGUGGACACCGAUGGCUGCAUCAUUUCUUUUGUGAGAUACCCUCAAUGAUUAAGCUUGCAUGUGUGGAUAUCCAUGCCAAUGAAGUCCAGUUAUUUGUUGCUUCAUUGGUCUUGCUCCUCUUUCCCUUAUCACUGAUAUUGAUAUCCUAUGGACAUAUAGUCAAGGCCAUUGUUAGGAUCAAGUCAACCCAGGCCUGGCAAAAAGCCCUGGGGACAUGUGGGUCCCAUAUAAUGGUGGUAUCCCUCUUCUAUGGGACCAUCAUAGCUAUCUACAUCCAGCCCAACAGCUCCUAUGCCCACACUCAAGGGAAAUUUAUCUCCUUAUUCUAUACAGUAGUGACCCCAACUCUCAAUCCUCUCAUUUACACAUUAAGGAAUAAAGAUGUAAAAGGAGCAUUGGGAAGACUAUUUCACAAGGAUCCAGGCAUAUGA